AUGCUGGGCUCUGUUAUUCUCUUCUGGAUCAGCUUCAGCUUCCUCUUCCUCCUCUUCAGAACCAAGAGGCCAAAAAACUUCCCCCCCGGACCUCGACCCAUCCAGAUUUUUGGAAAUCUGCUGCAGCUUAACCUGGAAAGUCUUCCCAACGAUCUCAAGAAGCUGUCGGAGCGCUAUGGGAAGGUCUACAGUAUCUAUCUUGGGAGGAAGCCAGCUGUGGUGCUCAACGGCCUGCAGGCAAUGAAGGAAGCACUGGUCACUCAAUCUGUGGAGUUUGCUGGACGACCUAAAGGGCUUAUGUUAAAUCAUCUAACAAAGGACACAGGUAAAACAAUGGCAAAACAUGGGCCAGUGUGGAAGGAGCACCGGAGAUUUGCCCUCACAACCCUAUGGAACUUCGGCCUGGGGAAACGAUCCAUGGAGGGGAGGAUUCUGGGAGAGAUUCCCUACAUAGCCUCACAAUUAGAAAAUUCUGGUAAGGCAAUAGACCCCCAGAUCCUGUUCCACAAGGCCACAUUCAACGUCAUGUGUAUGGUCCUGUUGGGGACUCGAUUCACACAUGAUGAUGAGUUUCUGCAGCAGAAUAUUCACCUUUUGAGGGAAAUGUCAAGGAUCAGCAAUGGCCCCUGGACUAUGAUAUAUGAAAUGUUGCCCCUGCUGAGGUAUCUGCCCCUGCCCUUCCAGAAGGUCUUUCAGAACAUGAACAUGAUCAGAAAGUCGCUGGCAGACCAGGUGUCCCAACACAAGGAGUCUCGGGUCCCAGGAGAGCCACGGGACCUAAUUAACUGCUACCUAGAUGAAAUGGAAAAGAGAGGAGAUGAUGGCUCCUCCUUCAGUGAUUAUCAGCUGGUCAGUUACCUGUUGGACAUCCUCUUUGCUGGAACAGACACCAGCGCCAACACACUACUCAGUGCCUUUCUGUACAUCACGACUCACCCAGAUGUUCAGGAGAGGUGUCAGAAGGAGAUCGAUGAGGUGCUUGGGGAGAAGGAGCAGGCCACAUUUGAGGACAGGCACAGGAUGCCCUACACACAGGCCAUGAUCCACGAGAAUCAGCGAGUCGCCGACACAGCACCUCUCGCUGUGUUCCACGCCACCACCAAAGACACACGGCUGAUGGGCUACGAUAUCCCCAAGGGAACCAUCAUCAUCCCCAACCUCACCUCUGUACUGAGUGAGGAAAGCCAGUGGAAGUUUCCUCAUGACUUCAACCCCUCCAACUUCCUAAACGAUGAGGGGCAGUUUGUGAAGCCAGAGGCCUUCAUGCCUUUCUCUGCAGGGCCUCGGCUGUGUCCAGGAGAGGGUCUCGUGCGCAUGGAGCUCUUCCUCAUUCUCGUGACGCUCUUACGCCGCUUCAAGUUUGUCUGGCCUGGAGACGCAGGGGUGCCUGACUACACCCCUAUUUUUGGUGCUAAUCAUACACCCAAACCGUACAGAAUGGGUGUUAGACUGAGAAGCAGUUCAGUUCAGUGA